AUCCACAUUCAGCAAUUCCACUGAACCACCUUCUGCUUUUCUCUAACGCUGCUGCCGAGUUGAGAGUCUGACGCCAUCUAAAUCUCGGACCCCAAUAUUCAGUGCAGCCCUCCAAAACCACCUGCCGAGACACCUACACCCCCAACUACCACAUCAACUUCGUCAUCAUGGAGGUUCUUCUAGGCAUAACGGGCAAGGACUUUACCUUGAUCGCCUCAUCUAAAGCCGCCAUGCGAGGCGCCACCAUCCUAAAGGCUUCAGACGACAAAACCCGCGUUCUCAACACCCACACCUUGAUGACGUUCUCUGGUGAAGCUGGUGACACUGUUCAAUUCGCCGAGUACAUCCAAGCAAACGUACAGCUGUACUCCAUGCGUAACAACAUGGAGCUGUCGCCUGCUGCCACAGCCAACUUCGUCCGAGGCGAGCUUGCACAAGCGCUGAGAUCACGGAAACCUUACACCGUCAACCUGCUGCUCGGAGGAUACGACACUAUUGCAGACAAACCUACAUUGUACUGGAUCGACUACUUGGCGAGUCAGGCAUCGCUCCCGUAUGCGGCACAUGGUUAUGCACAGUACUACUGCCUCUCACUGCUCGACAAGCACCACCACCCCGACAUCGACUACGAACAGGGCAUCAAGAUUCUCCGAAUGUGCACAGAGGAGCUCAAGCGCCGCCUACCCAUCGACUUCAAGGGCGUGCUAGUGAAGGUCAUAACGAAGGAUGGGAUCAAGGACGUUGAUUACGAGGACGAUGUUAAGGUUGCGAUCCCGUAGAAGGCGCAUGGUUUGAGGGAAGCUGAUGUACUAUACGGCAUAGAAUUAACAGCCGGUAUGAGACAGGCAUGAUGAUUAUGACGCCGAGGCAUCAAAGAUGAUGCCAUCGAACGAUCAGAGAUAUCCGAAAUAAUGACAAUCAUACAUGAUGAGAUC